AUGUUCAGCCUGUUGCCUUUGAAGAACCCAAACACUGGUGUUCAAUUGCCUACUAUGAGUUGAACCAUCGUGUUGGAGAAGCUUUUCAGGCAUCUUCUACUAGUGUGUUAGUGGAUGGCUUCACAGAUCCUUCAAAUAACAAAAUUCGAUUCUGCUUGGGAGUAUUAUCAAAUGUGAAUCGUAACUCGACAAUUGAAAACACUAGGCGAUAUAUUGGAAAAGGUGUUCACCUGUACUAUGUUGGCGGAGAGGUAUAUGCAGAAUGCCUCAGUGACAGCAGCAUAUUUGUACAGAGUCAGAACUGCAACCUCCAUCAUGGCUUUCAUCGCACUGCUGUCUGUAAGAUUCCCAGCAGCUGCAGCCUCAAAAUUUUUGACAAUCAGGAAUUUGCGCAGCUUUUGUUUGACUCUGUCAACCAUGGAUAUGAGGCAGUGUACGAGCUCACCAAAAUGUGCAUCAUUCGAAUGAGUUUUGUCAAG